CCCGAACUACCACGCAACUCCUCAUUACAACCCUUCAAGAGAGCACCACACUAGAGAGCGCCCGCCCACUUGCCUGCCUGCCGUGACCGUGCGUACGUACGUGCUGAUCGAUCGGCGGCCGGCCGCGGGGUGAAUUGAAGUCGAGAUGGCGGCGACGAUAAUGCGUGCGGCCGCCGGCGUGCUGCUGGUUCUGUCGGCGCUCGCCGUGGCGCGGGCCGAGGACCCGUACCUGUUCUUCGAGUGGAAGGUGACGUACGGGACCAAGUCCCUGCUGGGCGUGCCCCAGAAGGUAAUCCUCAUCAACGGCGAGUUCCCCGGCCCCAGGAUCAACUGCUCCUCCAACAACAACAUCGUCGUCAACGUCUUCAACGAGCUCGACCAGCCGCUCCUCUUCACCUGGAAUGGGAUGCAGCACAGGAAGAACUCGUGGAUGGACGGUCUGCCGGGCACGCAGUGCCCCAUCGCGCCGGGCACUAACUUCACGUACAAGUGGCAGCCCAAGGACCAGAUCGGCAGCUUCUUCUACUUCUCGUCCAUCGGCAUGCAGCGGGCGGCGGGCGGCUACGGGCCCAUCAGCGUCGUCAGCCGCCUCCUCAUCCCCGUCCCCUUCGACCCGCCGCCACCGGAAAGCGACCACACGGUCCUCAUCGGCGACUGGUACACCAAGGACCACGAGGUCAUGGCCCGCCUGCUCGACACCGGCCGCAGCAUCGGCCGCCCCGCGGGCGUGCUCAUCAAUGGCAAGGGCGGCAAGGACGCGGCGGACCCGCCCAUAUUCACCGUGGAGGCCGGCAAGACGUACCGCCUCCGCAUCUGCAACACCGGCAUCAAGGCGUCUCUCAACUUCCGCAUCCAGGGCCACGACAUGAAGCUAGUAGAGAUGGACGGCUCCCACACCGUGCAGGACAUGUACGACUCGCUCGACGUCCACGUCGGCCACUGCUUCUCCGUCCUCGUCGACGCUGACCAGAAGCCCGGCGACUACUACAUGGUGGCCUCCACCCGGUUCAUCCACGACGCGAGGUCCGCCUCCGCCGUCAUCCGCUACGCCGGCUCCAGCACCCCGCCGUCGCCGAACGUGCCCGAGCCCCCGGCCGGCUGGGCCUGGUCCAUCAACCAGUGGAGGUCGUUCCGGUGGAACCUGACAGCCAGCGCCGCGCGGCCCAACCCCCAGGGCUCGUACCACUACGGCCAGAUCAACAUCACCCGUACCAUCAAGCUCCGCAUCACCCGCGGGCACAUCGACGGCAAGCUCCGGUACGGCUUCAACGGCGUCUCCCACGUGGACGCCGACACUCCGUUAAAGCUCGCCGAGUACUUCAACGUCACCGACGGGGUGUUUAAGUACAACCAGAUGGCCGACGUGCCGCCCGCCGUGAACGGCCCCCUCCGGGUCAUGCCCAACGUCAUCACCGCCGAGUUCCGCACCUUCAUCGAGGUCAUCUUCGAGAACCUCGAGAAGAGCAUGGACUCCCUCCACCUCGACGGCUACGCCUUCUUCGCCGUUGGGAUGGGGCCGGGGAAGUGGUCGCCGGAGCUGAGGAAGACGUACAACCUGCUGGACGCGGUGAGCCGGCACUCGAUCCAGGUGUACCCGCGGUCGUGGACGGCCAUCAUGCUGACGUUCGACAACGCGGGCAUGUGGAACAUCCGGUCCAACAUCUGGGAGCGGCACUACCUCGGGGAGCAGCUCUACAUGAGCGUCGUGUCGCCGGCGCGGUCGCUGCGCGACGAGUACAACAUGCCGGAGAACGCCCUCCGCUGCGGCAAGGUCGUCGGGCUGCCGCUGCCGCCGUCCUACGCUCCUGCGCGCUAAUUAAGGAGGCCCUGUUUUCCCGUUGUGUUCUGAUAAUCCGUUCGAUCUUGAGUUGUUCCUGAUAAUUUUCUUUUGCUUUGGCGCAAUAACCACCGGGGAUCAUAGACGCUUUCAAACGAGCAAAAACGAAAGAAAAGGUUGGGAAGGAAGGUCGGCGGCUGGUCGGCCGGCCGGGAACGCAUGAAUGUAAUC